GGCGCGGGCUGAUAUAAAAUUGUUGUACGUUCAUGUUAACACAGGUACUUAUUUUCAUUUGCACACUUACCUACUGUGGUACGAUAAAACUAAUAAAUGCGAUAGUAAAAUAUACUUUAAGUAUGUGGACAUAGUAACCAGACCAGUAGUGAGCUGUAUAGGUUUGCAGAGGUCGUUAUUAAAAAGAAAGAGAGAUAGACAGAGUGUAAAAUGCCCGAGAUAUCAAUAAAAAGUAAGCUGACACAGUUCUUCAACUGUCGAAUCUUGAGACAUGGAAGGAUUUCUGUAGAGGAUUUAUGGGUAAGGGGUGGCAAGAUCAUUGAUCCAGAAAAAAUAUUUUAUGAUGAGAGAGUCAAGCCUGAUGAAAAAAUCAACUGUAAAGGUGCCCUGAUAUCUCCUGGCUUCAUUGAUAUUCAAAUAAACGGUGGUUUUGGAAUUGAUUUUUCAUGCAAUACUGAAAACGUUGAAAGAGGAGUAGACACUGUGGCCAAAGAACUUUUAUCCUCUGGGGUGACAGCUUUUUGUCCAACAUUAGUUACUUCACCUAAAGAAUUUUACCAUCAAAUUCUUCCAAGAAUAAAAAAACGGAAUGGAGGUAGGCAAGGAGCAGCCAUACUAGGGGUGCACGUCGAAGGACCGUUUAUAAGCCCACUCAAAAAAGGAGCACAUCCCGAAAACUGUAUCCAAAAGUUUGAAAAUGGUUUUCAAACUCUGCUUGAAACAUAUGGCAGUCUUGAAAAUAUUUGCUAUAUCACGUUAGCUCCAGAAAUUGAUAAUGCAAUGGAAGUGAUAAGAGAAUCAAGAAAACAGGGUAUAAAGAUUUCUGUUGGUCAUUCUGUAGGAGAUUUAAGCCAAGGAGAAGAAGCUGUUAAAAAUGGUGCUACAUUUAUAACACAUCUAUUCAAUGCAAUGCUACCAUUUCAUCACCGAGAUCCUGGCCUUGUGGGAUUGCUUGCUUCUGACAACUUACCACCAAAGCAAACAAUAUACUAUGGUAUAAUAGCCGAUGGUGUUCAUACUCAUCCAGCUGCUUUGAGAAUUGCUCAUCGUACGCACCCCAAGGGUCUUGUUCUAGUAACAGAUGCGAUUUCCGCUCUUGGCCUUCAGGAAGGUGUACAUCAAUUAGGGCAACUUGCUAUAGAGAUUAGACAGGGUCGUGCAUACAUUGCAGGUUCAGAAACGUUGUGUGGUAGUAUAGCUGAUAUGGCAGGAUGUGUCAGAUUCUUUCAAAAAGCAUCAGGUAAAUUUUUAAAGUAAACCUUAAGACAAAAUCAUUCAAGGAAGUUUGUAAUUUUGGUGGUACAAUGUUUAAAAAAAACCAACCAGUGGAUAGUGGGUACUUCGGUCUCCAAGUAUGGAGCUAUACGACGUUAUAUGGUAGCCAGUGUAAUUA